GACACCCACUUUAGGUUGGCAACGACGUGGGUGACAUGUGUCAAAUGUCAAUUAAUUGGGUAACCUUGAAUUUAUGUCCACGCAAAUUUCAGUCGUCCUCGGCAAUAAUAAUGUAGUAAUUAAUCGUAGACCCAAGAUUAGUGGCAACGAUGUCGUCGUCAGACGUCUAUAAUGAUCUAACUUUGCACGUAACCCCGGAGAAGUUCUACAUAGAACCGAAAGGCACAGCCGAUCUCUUAAUAAUCGACCGUCCAUCUGAAACCAUCUCACUACAUCGAAACGUGGGCCAAAUCCCCGCCACCAGCAGUCGCAAGGACUUCUGUGGCCUCCUCGGCUCCAUCAAACUACUAGCAGGCCGUUACUUGGUGAUCGUAACCCAACGCGAACUCGUAGGCUAUAUUGCGUCUCACGCAAUAUGGAGACUAGCGAAAGCCGAACUGUUGCCUUACGCCAGAAGCAUGCUGCACUUGACCCAGGAGCAAGUCGCCGAUAAUAACACCUACUUGAACAUGGUGGAGCAAGUUUUGUCCACUCCGUACCACUACUUCAGCUACAGCUACGAUCUGACGCAUUCCUUGCAACGACUGCACGGCUUCGGCCCCCAUUCCUGGAAGCUGUCUCUGCUGGAGAGAGCAGACGCGAGAUUCGUCUGGAACAAGCACCUGCUCUCACCGUUCAAACGCCCCGAAUUCCACCACUUCGGCUUGCCGCUGAUCCACGGCUUCAUUUCCAUCAACCAAUGCGUCAUCAACGGACAAAGUUUCACAUGGUCGAUCCUUUCAAGGCGCAGCAUUUACAGAGCGGGGACUAGGUUGCACCGCCGCGGCGUCGAUAAGCACGGCAACGUUGCCAACUUCGUGGAAACCGAACAGAUAGUGGAGUAUCAAGGCGACAAAGCCAGUUUCGUGCAAAUCAGGGGCUCCAUUCCGUUAUUCUGGACGCAGUCCCCGGAUCUGCGAUACAAACCCCCGCCGACUGUGCUAGAAAUCGACCCCCAGGAACACCAAGUCGCGUGCCAGAAGCACUUAGAGAUGGUGGCGGUUUUAUACGGCAAACAAGUCUUAGUGAAUCUCGUCGAUCAAAAGGGGGCUGAAGGCCGACUCGAGAAAGCCUUCAAAGACACUCUCACGACUUUGGCGUACCCCAGCGUCUGCUACGAACCCUUUGACUUCCACGGAGAGUGUCGCAAAAUGCGAUGGGACCGACUGUCGAUUUUGAUCGACCGGUUGGCGCACGAUCAAGACGAAAUGGGGUUCUUUUUGAUGCUGCGAGACGGCUCGUUGUCCAGUCUUCAAGAGGGGGUUUUCCGGACCAACUGCGUGGACUGCCUGGACCGGACUAACGUGGUCCAGAGUAUGUUGGCGCGCCGGAAUUUGGAGAUUGUUUUGCGGAAGUUGAAUAUUUUGAGCCGGAAUCAGCGUCUGGAUCCGACGAAUUCGUUCGAGGUGGUUUUUAAGAACGUCUGGGCGGAUAAUGCGGAUGUUGUUAGUACGCAGUAUUCGGGCACGGGGGCGCUGAAGACCGACUACACUCGAACCGGUAAACGCACAAAACUGGGUUUGCUUAGAGACGGGAUUAAUUCGAUGACGAGGUACUACAAGAAUAAUUUGUUGGAUGGGUUCAGACAGGACGCUAUUGAUUUGUUCCACGGGAAUUGCGGGGUUAAGUCUCCGUUGACUGUGGAUAGGGGCUGGAGGUAUAUUACAUUCCCGUCUGUGUUUCUGAUGGCCGUGGCGAUGUUCGUCGCUUCGGCUGUAUUCCCGACGGAGUAUUCGACAGAGUCUCUUUUGUAUUUGUUGUUUUGGGGGUCCAUGGUGACGGCUACUGCGUACACGAUAUUUAGAUACGGGAAGGAAUUCGUCGAUAAACCUAGAUUAAUGCAAGCCUAGCCAUUCUAGUCAACUUCCUUAUUAGUUAUACAGCUUUUAUACGGUGUAUGUGUAUAUUUUUUAUUUUUAAUCAUGUUUUAAGUCAUUGUUUAUUUUCUUUAGAUAUUAUUUUUACAUUUUGUAGAACUUAGAUAAUAUACGGAGUUGAGAGUUAAAA